AUGGCUACUUCAAUCCCAAGCUGCUCCUUCUACUCCUAUACUGCACCACCACUAAUACCAAACAACUCGACUUCCACCACUCACUUUACCUUAUCUUUUUCGCACACUAUCUUUAGUGGGAUUUCACUAAGUAGAAGAAGCUCAUCAAGAAUCUUGGCAAAGUUUGAGAAAUUCGAAGGGGAUGCUUCUCAAGAUAAUCUUGAAGAGGCCACAGAGUUACAGGAACAGGCACAAACAGUUCCAGAAGAAGAAGAUGACAGCUGCCUGCCUUCUGACUUGGAGGGUGCAGUCCGGCAAUCUAGCCAAGCUAGUGCCUUGUUUGUGUCUUCGGGAGGAAUGAGAGCCAUAGUCGAGCUCUUAAUUCCUCAGCUUCAGUUUCUAGAUGAUGAAGGUGCACAAGCUGAGCUCUGGGAACUGUCAAGGACUUUCUUGGAUACACUUAUUGAAGAAACAGGAAGUCAGAGAAUCAGAGCCAUUUUUCCAGAUGCUGGUGCUGCUGCACUUCUAAAAUACCAGUGGAAAGAUGCAGCUUUUGGAUUUGCGAGCUUAAGUGACCGAAAGCCCAUUCAGAGUGAAGAUGAGAUUGUGGUAAUGGUUGUUCCUGAUUAUCAGAUGUUGGAAAAUGUACAGAAAAUCGCAUCUUAUCUAUCAGAUGAUCCGCCAAGGCCUCUCAUCAUGUGGAACCCGCGUCUCAUCAGUGAGGAUGUGGGAGUUGGGAUUAAUGUUCGCAAUCUAAGGAGAUACUUCCUGAGUACAUUCACAACAGUUUAUUCAAUGAGACCUCUGCCAGCCGGUGCUGUCUUUCGGUGUUAUCCAGGGAUGUGGAAGGUCUUUUAUGACGAUAAAGAUAGGCCAAAUAGAUAUCUUCUUGCCCAAGAAUUCAUACGACGUCCUGAUGCUGAAGAAAUUGAGAUUGUAUUUGGAAAUGCAGAAGAGAAAUCAGAGGAGGGACCUUCUUUAUUCAGCAAGGCAGCAGGCAUUUUCUCUUCACUUAACCGAUUCAUGAGAGCAAUUUCAAAGUAG